AUGUUUAGAAGCGAAGAUGUGAGCAUGGUUCGGCUGUACAUUUCACCAGACAUCAUAAGAAGCGUUCUGGAAGAGAUAGGGCAGCGAGAUAUCCUCCACUUGGUUGCUCCUCCGGGAAAAAAAGAGGGAAAAACCGACCACUGCGCGGAAAUGGAAAAAAUUCUGGCACGCGUGGAGUUUCUUUCAGAGGAGCUAAAGAGGAACAGCAUUUCGCAGGUCCGGGGGUCCAACAUUUCUCCGCUGAAAAUGUCGAUAGAGAACCUGUCUGCGUGCAUUGAGAAGCACUACUACAGGUCUGUCCAGCUUGCGCAGAUAAAGAAAAGCACGGGGCUGGCUGUUGAGAAGAUGGAGGAAGACAUCAUUGUGCUGCAGGACCUGGAGAGAAUUUCCACGGAGGGGUUCAAGGACCUGGAGUUUGACUCUGACAAAAGCCUGAAAAUGGGGCUGGAGUAUGUUGCAGGAGUCAUCUCCAAGGAGCAGAUUCUUACGCUGGAGAAGUUUCUGUGGAAGUCCCUGCACGGCAACCUGUGCUUUGUGUCCGUUGAAAUGGCGACACCCGAAAAAAUGGGGUUUAUUUGCUUCACCCACGGAGAAAAGGCGAUUGAAAGAAUAAAAAACAUAUGCAUGAAAAUAGACGCGCGAAUCGUCCGGUAUGCAGACAAAAAGACCGAGCGGAAGGAAAACGACCUGCUGAACGUGUCGUCGAGCCUGGCACAGCUCAAGAAGAUGCACCAGAUAAACAUCGAAACCUUUUCAACGGAAAUGAAAACGGUGUCUAGAGAGCUGUCUGCGUGGAAAUACUACAUCAUAAGAGAGAUAGAAAUAGAAAUAGCGCGAGAAAAGUUUGAGGUAAACAAGAAAAACUCGUAUCUUAUGGGGGAGGGGUUCAUACUGAAGAAGAACGAGGAGCGGUUUGGGAUGCUGGUCAAAAAGAUCGGCGAGUUGCAUGGCGACAUCGCAGCCGAGAUCAUUGCAAUUUCGGAAGACACCAUCCGCCCAACACACUUUGAAACCACAAAAAUCACAGAGUGUUUCCAGAAUCUCACAAACGUGUACGGCAUUCCGAUGUACAAAGAAAUCAACCCAACAAUAUUUUCAAUCACAACGUUCCCGUUCCUAUUCGGGUGCAUGUUUGGGGACGUGGGGCACGGGCUCAUUCUGGUGGCAAUAGGCGCAUACCUCAUUAGAAAGGAAAAAACUGCAAACUUCACAGACAUAUUUGAAAUGCUUUUCCAAGCGAGGUACCUUAUGGUGUUUAUGGGCGUGUGGUCCGUGUACUUUGGGUUCCUGUACGCAGACUUUAUGGGAUAUCCGUUUGGAGAGUUCAUUUCCGCAUACGCAAAAACAGGGGAGAAAACAGGAAACUGCGCGUUUGGAAUUGACUAUGCAUGGCACGCAGCAGAGAACGGCCAGUCCUUCACAAACUCUCUAAAGAUGAAAUCCAGCAUAAUAUUGGGAUUUGCGCAUCUUACCCUGGGAAUGGUUCUGAAUGCAAUCAACGAAGUGUACAGAAAAAACAAGCUCAAGCUGUUUGGAGUGAUAAUUCCGCAAAUGACAGUUUUCUUUGGGCUGAUAGGGUAUGUUGCCUUCCUUAUUGUCCUCAAGUGGUGCACGCCUGCCCCAAACUGGCCGGGCGUUAUUGCCGUGGUGAUCGAAAUGGUCUCCUUCAGCGCGCCCGAGGUGCAGGUGUAUCCUGGGCAGCACUUUGUGCAAAUGGUUAUUAUGACCGCAGUGCUUGUGUCGCUGCCGUGCCUGCUCAUGGCCGAGCCCAUCUAUAUGAUCGCCACAAAGAACAUGCCCAAAAACACAUCAAAAACCGAUCUGUGGCUGCACUCGAUGAUAGAGGGCAUUGAGUUUAUAAUGGGCCUGAUAUCCAACAUAUCCUCGUACCUGCGACUUUGGGCGGUUUCUUUGGCACACUCGGAGCUAAGCGGUAUUCUGUUCACGCAGACAAUUGGAAAUGCAGGCCUGCACAUAGUCUUCCGGUGCCUCCUUUCGAUUCUGUGGGCAGCAGGAACAUUCAUUCUUCUUAUUUGCCUGGAGGGGCUGAGCGCUACUUUGCACAGCCUGCGCCUGCACUGGGUUGAGUUUGGGUCGAAGUUCUUCAAGGGGGAGGGCGUUCUCUUCAGCCCGUUCACAUUCAAGCCAGCAAUUCUCUUGGACGCAGAGAGAAAGCCGGGGGGCGCAACAGAAUAA